CCGGUCACCGUCCCGAUGCCGGCGGGCGCCGAGCAGCCGCGGGGCGCCGAGCAGCGCCCGCCCGCGCAGGGCCCGCCUGCGCAGGGCCCGCCGCCCGCCGCCGAGAAGCCGCCGUCCUCAGGCCGCCGGCGUGCGCCGGCGCCCGCCGCCGAGCAGGGGGAGGAGUCUGGCGGCAGCCGGGUGCUGAGGGGCGGCCGGGAGCGGGGCCGGGCAGCCGCCGCCGCCGCUCCGGCCCCUGGAGGGUCCGCCGCUGCGUCCCGCCGCCGUAAGGCCGAGUAUCCCCGCCGCCGGAGGAGCAGCCCCGGGGCCCGGCCCGCCUCCGAGCAGCCCGCCGCUGAGACGCCGUCCGCGGUGAAGAAGUCCUCCCGGGCUGGGUGCACGGAUAAAGCAGCUGGUAAAGAUCCCAAAGAAGAGAAGGAGGAGGAGGAGGUCUCCAGUGUCCUCAGCCAUGGCUCCCCUGUCAGCACAGCCAGGCCCAGCAGGAGCUGGCGCAGCAGCAGGGCAGCCACUGUGGCCCGCCAGCGGGACACUGAGAACUCACGUGCCUCCAGAUCCAAGACGGGCUCCCUGCAGCUCAUUUGCAAGUCGGAGCCAAACACAGACCAGCUUGAGUACGAGGUCACAGAAGAGCAUCAGUCUCCAGCUGGAGUCAGCAGUGAUGACGAGGAGGAGAUGCUCAUCAGUGAGGAAGAAGUUCCCUUCAAAGAUGAUCCGAGAGAUGAAACCUACAAGCCCCAUCUAGAGAAGGAAACACCAAAGCAAAGGAGAAAAGCUAGCAAAGGGAAGGAGGAAAAAGAGAAACAGAAAGAAAUUAAAGUAGAAGUAAAAGAAGAAAGUGAGUUUCGGGAAGAUGAAGAACCACCAAGGAAGAGAGGAAGGAGGAGAAAGGAUGACAAGAGCCCAAGGCUUCCCAAGAGAAGGAAGAAGCCCCCGAUACAGUAUGUGCGCUGUGAGAUGGAAGGCUGCGGCACCGUCCUGGCUCACCCACGGUACCUGCAGCAUCACAUAAAGUACCAGCACUUGCUGAAGAAAAAAUAUGUGUGUCCUCAUCCCUCCUGUGGUCGGCUCUUCCGACUCCAGAAGCAGCUUCUGCGGCAUGCCAAGCACCACACAGAUCAAAGGGAUUACAUCUGUGAGUACUGUGCCCGGGCGUUUAAGAGUUCUCAUAACUUGGCGGUGCACCGAAUGAUCCAUACGGGCGAGAAGCCUUUGCAGUGUGAGAUCUGUGGAUUCACGUGCCGGCAGAAGGCUUCCCUCAACUGGCACAUGAAGAAGCACGAUGCGGACUCCUUCUACCAGUUCUCCUGCAACAUUUGUGGCAAGAAAUUUGAGAAGAAGGACAGCGUCGUGGCCCACAAAGCCAAGAGCCACCCUGAAGUGCUUAUUGCGGAAGCACUAGCUGCCAACGCGGGUGCCCUCAUCACCAGCACUGACAUCCUGGGCACUAAUCCUGAGGCCAUUGCGCCGCCCACCGAUGGGCAGGGCCUGCCCCUGCUUCCUGACCCCCUGGGAAGCGCUGCCCCUGCAGAUUGCCUGCUGCUCAAUCCCGAUGGGAUGCCCAAGACGUUCUGCGGUGCGGCCGAGCGUGUGAGCCUGGUGGCUGACGGGAAGCUCUUUGUGGGCAGUGGCAGCAGCACAAACCCCGAGGGGCUGGUCAUGAACACCGAGAUCCUGGGAGCCACCGCUGAGGUGCUCAUCGAAGAUUCAGACUCCACUGGACCCUAGUGGGCGGGAGCAGGCGGGUGCUGGGACAGUUUGGAUUCUGUAUUUAAAAGGAGGAGAAAAGA